AUGGCUGACUACGACCGCCGACGGAGAGGAGGAGGAGGAGGAGGAGGUGGUGGUGGCCACUUCAACAACCGCAAGAGAAGAUACAGAGACGAUGAUUACGAGGAUCGUCGUCCUCAACGCCGCCGCUACGAAGAACCCCUCGCCGUGACGGUCCGCAAGCAAGUAUUAUCCAUCGCCGAAAGUCCGGUUCGAAGAGUGGAGGACGAUGUGGCGACCAUCGCAAAGGCCCUCGCAGAAAAUUACUUCGAUCAUGACCUGACGUCUGGAUUUGUGGAUCUUGCUGUACAGCUAACUGUCGAGCAACCUCUCAAGAUACCGUUUGUCGCCGCGAUCGUCCUUCUUGCGAACGUCCAGAAGCCUGAAUUGACAGUCGAUGUGUUGAGCAAGGUGGGCGAAUCACUUCAGCGUCGAUUAGACCUUGGAGAAUGGCGCGAGGUCAAACUAUACCUCCGCUUCCUGGCCUGCCUGCAAGGCAUUUUCGAGGGCGACGGUAUUUUCACCAUACUUGAGGAACUUUUCUCCAGGGCAGCGGACCUUCAAAUGAAGUCGUCUGAAGAUUCGUUGGGCCUCGAGCUUGUCAAAGUCAUUCUCAUGACCAUCCCCUAUGCCAUGUCAUCAUCGGCCAGCGGAUUUGAAACCCAGGCAAGCGCUCUGUUAGAGAAGACCGACAUCAUUGCCUCGACUGCACACCCUCUAGAAGCUCUAGUCGACCCUUUCCCUAGCGCUGAGGUCGGCGCUCCCACGAGUUCUGAAAGCGCGCUUGCUCUACUGCAAAAGCACAUGCAGGAGGAGGCUAAAAGCUCCUGGGAAUUGUCCUGCUUGCCUCGCCCCUGGAAAGGCAAUCGAUCUUCUGAAGAGGAAGAUGCUUUGAACGCUGCUCAAAAACACCCAUUCCCACAGGUCGCAGUUCCACAGGUUGUCCAAAAUGGUGCACGGGCUAUCUUUCCCGAGGUCUAUUUCUCAGUCUAUGGAGAACAGGAAAUUGAGACAGUGCCGGGCCCCACUGACACUGCUGCCCUGCUGAUCCGAGACGCGUUGUCUGACACGAUAAAUGUUCUGGACUUCAACAGAAUGAUUGCCGCAAAAUUCCUCACCGACGUGGAUUGCUACUUUGCCCCAGACACUUUCGUGAAACGGGCCACACCGUUUGACAAGUUACGAGAAGUGACAGGAGACAAGGCAACCUGGAAACCGGAAGAUGUCAUCGUUGAUGCUGCUUUCGGCCAGCUGAUGCAACUGCCCUCCCCCGAACACAAACUGGUCUACUACCACUCUGUACUGACCGAGACUUGCAAACUCGCACCGGCCGCUGUUGCGCCCAGUUUGGGGAGAGCGAUUCGAUUUCUGUACAGGAACGUGGACAGACUGGACUUGGAGCUUUCUCAGCGCUUCUUGGACUGGUUUGCUCAUCAUCUCAGUAAUUUCGGGUUCACAUGGAAAUGGACUGAAUGGGUUGACGAUGUCAACUUACCCGAAGUCCAUCCGAAAAAGGCCUUUAUCAUCGAUUCUUUAGACAAGGAAAUCCGCCUAAGCUUCUCCAAACGUAUCAAGGGCACUUUACCUGUACCGUAUCAGGCUCUGAUCUCUGAAGCCAAAGACAAGGAUGCGCCCGACUUCAAAUAUAACGAUGAGUCAACGCCAUUCGCUGCCGAAGGAAAGGAGAUCGCUCAGUUGAUACGCCGGAAAGCCGGCAACGAAGAGUUCACGCCAAUUUUCGAGAAAAUUGAGCAGGAUGCCACUGCCUCGGGAUUGAGCGAUCCGGCUCAUGCGUCGACUGAUGCGUAUGUCACUUCGAUAUGCUGGGUCGGUUCCAAAUCAUUGUCCCACGUACUGGCCUGCAUUGAACGUUGCCAGGAGCGGCUUUUGGCGCUCAGCUCUACGAGCCCUACGUGCAGAAAACAGAUAAUCACAUCCGUGAUGGACUACUGGAAAGACCAGACCGGAGUGGGCGUGGUGAUCUUGGACAAACUACUCAAUUAUCAAAUAUUGACCCCUGCCAGUAUCCUCGAGUGGGUGCUCAUCGACAACGUCGCCCGGGGAACGUUACUCGCCAAAACAUGGAGCUACGAAUUGGUCAGCCAUACCACGAGCAAAGUGGCAGGGCGUGUAAGGAGCAUCGUCGGUGCAAUCAGGCAACCCGGUCUACCAGGCGAGCAACAGGGCGAGCUUCAGCAGGCGCUGGCUCGUGAACUGGAGACGAUGAAGAACCUGUUCAGCAUCAUCCAAGAUGCAGCAGUCAGCAUCCGUGACGGGAAUCAAGAUGAGAUGAUGGAGAGUAGCGAUGCUCUCCGUGCUCAAGAAGAAGAUCUGCUUAAGGCAUGGGGAGGGAAAUGGGCCAGGGUGUUCCAACGCAAAUACGCGGUCGAAGAUAGUUGGGUGCGUGAAGAGUUGGCGAAGCCCAUCCCGGAACCUGAGACAAAGGUCGACAAUGAUGCGAAGAUGGAGGAAGUGACAAAGGCAGAGGACGCGGAAGGGGAGAAUGGAGCUAUGGUCGACGACGUCGAUCUCAUUGCAUAG